AUGGUGCACAAGGUGUUUUUGAGGGAGUAUCUUUUCUCCGUGCUCGUUAGCAUGUCCAAAUUCCUUUCUCCAUCUGGACUCGUCUCCAGUCACCACUCUCUCAACCUCAUCGCCAUGGCAGCCUCCUUCCAACAUGUCAACCAGGAUGCCGAGGCUGGUGAAGAGAUCUGGACAGAUGCAAAUCAAUUGCACGGUUUAAAUCCCACUGUCUUUCAAUCCUCUUAUGCUGCAACCGCCUUUUGCAUCCAAGAGCCGCCAGGUGAUAACGAGCAGGUGGACAGAAGGCACCCCUUUCCUCGCUUUCUCCCUCCAAACCGAGGCCCAGCUGCGCCGAAGCCAUCCAUUCUUUCGCCCCUCCUUGCACGGAACGAACCGAGACAAAUGCAAAAUAGACAUGUCGAAUUCCCCACGACUCAAGUGGGUGUCUCUACAGUUCUAAAUAUACCACCGUCCUCCCUGUGGCUUUUGGCAUAUCUCGCUUGUUUGGACGCUGCAGAUGUAACGAUCAUGACGGCUAUUUAUCUCACUUUGGUGUUACUCACUCUCUUCCUCGGCCGGCACAUCAUCGCACAUGUGCUCAAAUUUGCAGCUUGGUUCUUACUUUUGUCUUUGCUCACAAUUUUCAACAUAGGCCUGGUUUGGUUGAUUUUGCUGUCCAUAGUCCACUUUCCCUUCCUCUUACCGUUUUAUAGCGUCGCUGCUUGCAUGACACUCUUCACUGGCUUGUUCGCCUAUGCUCUUGUGCAGGCCAUACAAGCUGCGCGGGCCACGAGCUGA